ACUGAAAUUGCGUGUCGGUUGUCGGUUAUAACAAAAACAUUCUGGCGCGUACAAACAAACGUGUCACAACAUUCAACAAAAUAAAUUGUUUGAUAACAAAAUAUUAAAAUGGGUUGGUUGUUGCUUUGCGACUGAAAGUUUGAUCGAUAAUUAGAGAAUGUCACUAUCUGAAAAAAGAUAUCAAUUAGCAGCUCACAAACGAAAUAUAUCAGAUCAAAAAUUCAAUUACUACAGUCAAACUGCCCAAUAUUUUGAGCGUGAAUCUCAAAAGACCAAACAGUUCAAUACCUGGAACGUUGAUGUUAAGUCAAUUCGUUGGGAUAAUAUAAAAAAAGCAGAAACACUCAACUCAAGGCGCAAUAAACUCCAAGUGCUCUUAAGAAACGAAGAACAAGCAUAUAAACGAGAGUGUGAUCAAUUAAAAGCACGUAAAGUUACAAAAGACAAGAUACCAUUGGAGGUGUUGGAAGAAAAAUUAAAAGAAAAACGCGCAGAAUUGAGCUUGUAUAAUCCUAAUAUUCAUCGCCGAUUAAAAUCAUAUUUUACUAAUCCUGCCGAAACAGAACGUGUCGAUUCGAAAUUACAUAAUAUCGCUGAGCCAAUCACUCGUAAUUUAUCCCGAUUGUCUUUUGAUAAUUCAAAUUAUCUAAAAAAAAGAAGAUCAGACUCGCCAUUUAAAAACAAUUGUAAUACUCCUUAUAAUUAUAAAUCAUCACUAAUGGAUUACUCUAAUGAACAAAAUGAAAAAGCGUUUGACGAAAGAGCAGAUGCUUUCAAUGAAAAUCGUGAAUAUUCAAUGUCCGAUCGAAUGGAUUACUCGAAGAAAGAUCCCGCUUUUGUGCCUGAUAGAAAAUUUAAAGAACGUUACGCUCACAGAAGUCUUGAAAACACAAAUGUUUUUGAUACUGCUGGGCAUACACAUGACAUUUAUGAACAACAAGCUAUGAGCGACGAAAUAUCAGCUGUGGAGGCUUCAGAUGACGGUAUGAAUAAUAAAAGUAAUUUGGAAAAUCAAGAAGGAAACGAUUUAGUUGAUUUCAUUUCGAGUGAAAACGUUGACAAUCAAGAAAGUAAUCCCGGUGAAGAAAUGAAUAAUUCAAAGGAAACUGCGUCUGACUACCCGGAACAAGAGAAAGGUCCCCUGACGACGAUCACUAAUUCUUCAGAUAUGAUGGUGUUGUAUCUUAUGUACAAUGAUUUGCAGAAGAAAAUUGAAGACCUUGAGGUAAAAGAAAGUCGUGCAUCCUUGAAACAUCUUUGGGAAGAGACUCUGCGCUUGAGAGACAUGCGAAAUCGUUUAGAGCUUUUGAGGGAGAAAAAAAUUUAUCAACGACGUGAUUUACAUAUUGAUCCGUCAAGCAAGGAAGCAGCAUUAAACAAUAUUGAGAAACGUAGUAUUCAGCUUAAAGAACGCGAAGAUACAUGCGCUGAUUCAAAGAUGUACAGUGAAGACGCUAAACGUAUUUGGGAAAAGUGGAUCGCUGAAGAUAAAAAAUCACCAAUCUCAGAAGGUGACGACUUGAGAAAAGCUUUAAUGAACCAGUUAGCAGAUGAAUGGGAGUCAUUAGGUGAAAACGACAAAAAAAUUAUUUCUCAAAGUUACGCUGAAGUAAUGAGAAAUGCUUCAUUGGAAAUAGAAUUUGAUAUUAUGGCCAAAAAAGGAUUUUAUUAAAAACGUAUUUUUUUUCAUUGAAUUUUGUGUUAUUUUUAAGUUCAGUAAUUUUUUUAAUUUUACUGACAAUGCAAUUUAAUCAAUUAUUGCUUAUUAACUUAUAAGCCAUGUUAAGGCUAUUUAAUUUCUUAUGCUUAUGAAUAUUAAAAAAAGUAUACAACAUUUUUUAGACGAAAAAAUGGUCAAACAUUUUUUCGUUUUCAAAUUGAUUGUUUACGAAUUAAAUCAAAAAAGGUUGUUCACUUUUUGUGUGUCGAAUAGUUUAUUCAUUUUGAAUUACAGCUUUAUUAAAUCUACAAUUUAACUAUCAUAAAGUGCUAAAAACUUUGAAAUAACAAUACUCAAUUAAAUUAAGGGUCAGUAACCACAGCUCCUAACAAACAUGAUUAAUGUGUCAAAAUACUCGAAUCGAUAAACGAAUUUUUUACAUAAUAGUGCUUUAUGAGUGAUUUCAUGUAUGUUCGUUUUUAUAAAAUAGAAUGUUUUGAAAUCUUAUUACACUUGAAUAUAAAUUUUUUUAUUGUAUCUGUCCGACAAUGCAUUUAUGUUAAAAUAAAUAUGAGAGAUAUGUAUAACCCAUAUAAUACUUUGUAACAAGUAUACAAAAUUAAAUGUUAAUGCUUAUUA